AUGACGCGAGUGGGCGUGGUCACAUCGACGGACGUGAUGACGUGUGGUGGGCGUGGCCACGUCGAGGGGAGUGGCUUUAAAGCCGCGUCCACGUGGGCGCGGGCGUCAGUCCGGCGGGUGGAGCCGAUGCGGUCGGACGGUCCGGUGGAGGUGUCCCCGGGGCUGCUCCUCGGCGGGGCGGGGGCGGCGGGGCGGCCGGGGGUCGGGGCGGUGCUCACCGUGUCCGCGGAGGAGCCCGCCGCCCCCGGCCCCCCGGGUCUGCCCGCCCUGUGGCUGCCCCUGAACGACGAGCCCCGCCAGGACCUGCUCAGCAGCCUGGACCGCUGCGCCGCCUUCAUCGGGCGGGCCCGGGACGGAGGAGCCACCGUGCUCGUCCGCUGCCAUGCAGGGGUCAGUCGGAGCGUGGCCGUGGUGACCGCCUUCCUCAUGAAGACGCAGCAGCUCAGCUUCGAAGAGGCCUACGCCAGGGUUCGGGCCGUGAGACCCCAGGCCAAAAUGAACGAGGGCUUUGAAGAGCAGCUGAAGCUAUAUGAGGCCAUGGGCUGUCAAGUGGACACUUCCAGCGUAAUUUACAAGCAGUAUCGUCUGCAAAAGGUCACGGAGAAAUACCCUGAGCUGCGGAAUUUGCCUCGGGAAGUAUUUGCAGCCGACCCAAAUGCCGAAUCCCCAGGUCUGAGAGCGGAGACCCUCUACAGAUGUAGAAAGUGCAGGCGGGCCCUGUUUCGCAGCUCUAGCAUUUUGGGGCACCCCGGCGGCAGCGGGGCCGUGGCCUUUGCCCACAAGAAGAAGACGCCAGUCUACCUGCCGGACAGGGCGGGCCCCGUCUCUUGCACGUCGCACUUCGUGGAGCCGGUGCAGUGGAUGGAGGCCGCGCUGCUCGGGGUGAUGGAUGGACAGCUGCUGUGCCCCAAGUGCGGCGCCAAGCUGGGCUCCUUCAGCUGGUGCGGGGAGCGGUGUUCCUGCGGCUCCUGGGUCACGCCCGCCUUCCAGGUCCACAAGAACCGUGUGGACGAGGCCAGGGCACUGCCCGCUCGGGGCCCACCCGCCGGGAGCCCCGGAGCCUGCCCGCCUUGAGGGCUCGGUGCCGAGGGGCCCGCACAGACUUUGGAUCGUCACCAUCGAGGGGCAUUGGGUUGAAUUGGACUCCCGUGGGGGUGCGGAGAGGUAGACUUGAUACCUCAGCACUGCCCUCCUACCUUGGCUCCCUCCCGCGUUCCCAGUGAAACAGGCUCCGGGGUUCUCUCUCCCUGCCCCGGGCCACCCGCCAAGUUUUGGUUUCACGUAAAAACUCUGAAAUUUCCAAA